AUGGAACAGGCCCCAUGUGAAGAACAGGCCGCUUUCAAUUUGCUAUCCAAAACUCGCGAUGGUCAAAAUUUAUGGUACUGUUAUAUCUAUCAGACUAGUUAUAUGAAAAAUACCAUCAUCCCGAAUGUGGAUUCCGCUCGAUGUGAGAUUCCAUCGCCAAUGACGCUCGAACCAAGUGCUCGUCUUGUUCAAUGGGAAAAUUCAGUCUAUUCCUCACUGGAUCUUCGCAAACCCGGAGUGUAUUUGAUGGCAAACGAUGGAUUUCUCUAUACCUCCGGUUGGUUUCACGGAGCUCUACAUAUCCAUCGAGUUCUGUUGCCCAAUUUUAACGGAUUACCCAAUUGGGACCAGUUUCUCACCACACCAGACAGUCCGGAUUUCAUUCGGGAACCGGCCACAUUCAUCGCAGUUUUCGAGACCAACGAGGAAGUCUAUUUCCUAUUUCGUGAAUCACAGCUUCAAUCCUGUCCACUCAAAGUACUGAACCGACCGUCGGAACAGCCUGCAUUUCCCGUGAAAACUGCCCCGUUGUCGGACAGUGAGGGGACAGAUCGAAAACACGGAAGCACGGUGACACGACUUGCCCGAGUGUGCAAAGGGGAUCGUGGAGGUUAUGUGUAUGUGAACGAAGGCGAGUUUGUCACGUUUGCUAAAGCCACUGUGGAAUGUACGUUGCGCAAGCCGGUGAGCAAUCGAUCGACUACGAAUGGUGCCGGUGUUGUCAGCGCGCUCCCGGAUGAAGAGUACACUUAUACACACGCAGAGGCUGGUUUAUGGGAUCCGAUUGAUGAACAGCUGUAUAUCACAUUUGGUACGCCGAGUGGUCACCCCCGGGGUGUGGCUUUGUGCAUUUAUACCAAGCAAUCGAUUGUUGAAGCAUUCGAAAGUGAUCUACUUUCCUCCAAUCUGGCCGACGAUUCCAAUCCAACCAAGACAAUUCCAAACAAUUUCCCGAAUAUCUGCUCUCGAUUCAGUUCGAACACCCUAUCGGAAAUGGAACUAGAUCAAGGUCGUCGGUUGCCUCGAGGUCAUCUGCUCCGAGCCAAAUCUAUUCAACCAAUCGGCAAUGGACCAAUCCUGGUACGGCCCAAACCCGGACAGCCCACACACAAUACAGAUCCCCGUGUGUGGAAACAUAUGGCUGUGGAUCAUGUGGCUUCCACGAAAAUCCUUUAUCUAGCCACAGACGUAUACGUGGAACGUUACCGAAUUAUCAUAAAUGAGGGAAGAAAUUCGGUGGAUCAAGUACAGGCGUGUUUUAUCGAUCGAUUUCAAGUAGGCGAUGGUGAUCCGAACCAGGAGUCAAUUACUGGUCUGCAUUUGCUCAAACGCUUUCCGGCCUCAGAAUUUUACAUCCUGUCCACGAAACACGUGAUUCGACUGUCCGUGACUGGUCUGAAAUGCUCUCGUCACGCGAGUCGUGUCGAGUGUCUGUCGCCUCACAAUCCGUACUGUGUUUGGGACAGUGCUGUCGAACUUUGUGAGACCGCCACGUUUGUUGUUCCCACAAACAGGCAUUCCGAUUCGUCGGUCUCGGUGAGCCGAAAAGAAUCGGCAAUCUGGUCCGAACAAACCGAUGCGACUGGUUGUGAUCGACAAGCGUUUGAAGAGGAAGAAGAAGAGGCGCGGUCUAGCAAAGAUUGGCAGCAACUGCUCAAUCAGGUUAAUCUGACCGAACAUGAGCGGUUCGAUGCACCGUUGCCUUGUGCUCAGCUCACUACUGAUUCGAAUGCUGACGGAUCAGCUCAACAGAAUUUGACGUGCUGGUGUCGUCCGUGCACGAACUGUGGGGAAUCGAAACGAUCAUCUUUGGAAAUUGUGAAUUGUACAAUCGGGAUUCGAACUCGAACCCGUCAAUGUGACAGCCCAGGACCGGUGCUCAUUCCAAUGCCUGAUGGUUCGAUCUCACUACGGAGUUGUGAAUCAGAUGGGGCCGAUUCGACUCAAUCGCCCAAUCAGGAGAUACAACUGGAACAGUGUGUUCUGCGUCCGGUAUGUGGCCAAACAAAGGUAGUGAACACCAAAUGGACUGGUUGGUUUCAACCCCCCACGAAACAUGCUGCUGAUGAUUCGACCAACAUAGUGAAUGCGCAUCUCCGUCAGCGUCUUCGCUUCACCUGCCAAGCCCCAAAUGCAACGACAAGAGAUUUACGUAUUGGUCGUGUGCACUUCAUGGAACAUCGUUGUGCACCUUGGAAUGGUAUUUGUACACCAGUUACCGAUAAGGACCAAUGGUCUAGCACGGAUCUUGACGAACCAUCGCUAGAUACGGCGGGAUCAUCAUCAUCUUCUUUUGGGUCGUCACCGUCGAGCGCUUUGGGUCACUGGUCCAGUUGGGGCCCAUGGACACCAUGCAAUCAAGCAUGUGUACCUCCAGUCAGUGUGACUGCUACGGCGAAUCACCGCGUGAUCCCGGUUACUCCGUACUCGGCCCCACUCUAUCUUCAUGGUGGUAUACAAUCCCGACGUCGCACUUGUCUUUUUGCCUCAGUCUAUGAUUGUCCGGGCGGUCCCAGUCAAGCCAACGAAUCACGUGCUUGUCCACCGGUACCAGCUUGUCACACUGACUGGUCCUGUUGGUCAGAUUGGUCCACAUGCCAGGCUCGACCGGCAACGAACGGAGAUAGUAUGUUGAUCUAUCCGGUGGCUAGUUCGGGUAAAGCACAAUGCGAAUGGAAAACGGACGGAAUACGUAAACGUGUGCGACAGUGUGUUCUGGGACAAAGUGAUUGGCUGGCAAAUCGACCGCCCGCAUGUUCAGGCCCGAUGGAUGAAACCGAAAGCUGUCCACGAUUGGUCGGUCAAGGAACACCAGUUUGUCCACCAGCAGGCACUUCAGUCUCUUUUACGGAGGAACGUCACUCUCGGUUCACAAUACUUCAACUCUUGCUUAUUGGUUCAUUGGCUUUCUUGAUCGCCGCGUUUCUGGUAGCCCUCAUUCUCAUAAUACUAUAUUGCACGUGCUGUUCACCGACUGAUGCUGGGCGUAAAGCGAUUCAUCGACACAGCAACGUAUACGAUCAAGCCGAAGGCUCCGGAUCUGAGACACAAUUUGAUGAACCCGCCAGUUCCAAGCAUUACCACAGCCGUGAUGCAGGCCCAUUGAAUGUGACCGGUCCACCGCAACCGCUGCUCACUUUGCCAACAUCUGUAAAAGCCGAUAUAAUGGAUUCACGGCUUAAUCGAACUCAUUUCGGUCGCACUAAUCCACCCCAAGCAGUGUAUGACUCUGUGGCUUCUCAGGAUUUGCCCACUUCUUUUAGUCUUACCGAAAAUCCAUUCCACAUGGUUCCAAGUCCGUACACACAUGCCCAGAGCCCAACACAUCCGAUUCCGCGUGAUUCACUUGACCGAGCCUACUGGAGUCUACCCAGACGGGAACGUACCACCCCCCAUUUUACUCCGGAACGAUCCAAACCGGAUGAUUAUGUGGGUACCGAUCAUUUUAAUUCAUACCCACGUCGUUCGAGAACAUUUGAUUCACGUAACUUUGACGACUUCGUUUCUACUUCAUACGGUAACAGACCGAUUAAAUCAUCCCAUCCCGGUCCAGGAAGACAACCGGAAGCUCGUGGAUCGGCAGAGCUUGGUCCGCGAUAUAAUCAGAAAAAGUACGGAAACGAUCGAGAAUAUUCUACGGAUUCAAGACAUACUAAAUCAAGAACAAGACGAUCAACAGAUCGAUCUAGUGACAAUUCGCAUCGUUUAAAUCGGAAUGAAGAACCGCGUAUUGAUCCGAUGAGACCAUUAUAUCCAGAAGAUGGGGAUAGCUUCAGUUGUAGGACUUCCAAUAACAGUUCAAGAUCGGAUGAAAGCCGUCCAUCUAAUGCAGCUGGUGUACCGCCUUCUAUGCCUCUUUUACCGGUUCGAUAUCCACCCGGAGGUAGCCGAACAUCAGAGCGCAGUCGAUCGGCCACCGGUGCCAGUAUAGAUUCUUCAAUGGAUUGGGGUCCCGAUACCAGUUCUGGUCGGAGUGAAAUUUAUUCAAUUUGUUUUGAACGACCCCAAAAUCCGCAUCUACGUGACCCGUCCUCCCAGGGACCGAGUCCGACAGAACGGGGACGCAGUGCACACAACACAUAA